AUGGACUAUAGUGCCUCAAUCAACGAAUCUGAAGACCCGGCCGCCUCUCCUUGGGGGAGCAGCCCCGUGCAAUCGCCACAGCAUUCGCGCACUGGCUUUGCGCCAAUUCCUGGCGAUAAUGGGAGCUCCCCAUUCCCAUAUAGCCCGCCACCGGGAAUCCUGGAAGCAUCUGGCGAUACUGACGGAUUCCAGCGGUCUGAUACUGCAACCACGGAAUCAGGCACUGAGGGCGGUGAUCUUGAUCAGUCUGCAACCUUGGCCUCUUCUGCAGCUGAAUUCGCGGGUGAAUCGCAUCCCCAUGCUUCCCAACCUCCCCAGCAAGCCGGCGAACCCCAACCGCGAGUACCCGGCUCCAACCAACAGGCCGAACAGGCACAGAAAAUACCUCCAGCUCAGCAGAGGCCGCAGUUCAAGCUCCAGGCCAAGAUUACAGGCCUUGAACGAACCGGCAAGAAGGACCCUGUGCUCCGGUUCGAUGUUCAUACAAACCUCCCGGCGUUCCGAACCACGCAGUAUCGAGAUGUCAGACGCCUCCACUCCGAGUUUGUCAAGCUCGGACAGCAUCUCAUAUCGGCCAAUCCCGAAGCUCUCGUGCCUGCUGUCCCGCCUCCAGUAACCGCGGCAGGUGCGGGAACAGACGAAGACGAGAACAGAGUAAAGGCAAUGAUACAACGAUGGUUCAAUUAUGUCUGCAGCAAUGAGACUCUCAUGCGAGACGAUGAGAUGGUGCUCUUUGUCGAGAGUGACUUUGGCUACAGUCCACUGGUCAAGAUGAAGCAGCCAGCUACUGGGGUCCGCAGAAAGAUAUUGAAGCAGUUUGCCCCUCCCCCUGAUGAUACCCCCGAGUUAGCAGACGCUCGUCCAACCGUGAAGCUGUUCUAUCUGGGAACCAUGGACGCCGGUCACAAGGUCGAUAAAAUGGUCAAAGCCAGAAGAGGCCUGGGGCUCGCUGAAUCCGACUACGGCGUCAAGCUCAGCAGCAUGCACGUCCAAGAGCCUCAUCCCGGCCUCGCAAACGCCUAUAAAAAGCUUGGCCGCGUCAUCCAGACCAUGGGCGACUACCACGCCGCCCAGGCCACCGCGCAAGCCGCCGCCAUUGGUGACCCGUUUCAGUACCACUCCCAAGAUGCCUUCAUCGUGAAGGAGUCCCUCACCAACCGCCAAAUCCUGAUCCGAGAAUUCCUCCAGUCGCAAGAAGCCACCAGGGGCAAACUCAACGCCGCGGACCGCCUGAAAGCUAGUUCUAGCGUGCGUCGUGAAAAGGUUGACGAAGCCAUCACCGCCCUUGAUGACGCUCGUCAAUUCGAAGCCAACCUAUACAACAAGACGAACCGCGUGACGCACAAUCUCGUUCAAGAACGACGAAAAUGGUUUGCCAGGACGUCCGCGGAUCUCCGAACCAGCAUUCGCGACUAUGUCCUUCGUGAAAUUGACGCGGAGAGACGAACCCUGGCGCUUUUGGAGACUGUACGCCCGGACAUUCGGUCCAUUGACGCAUCAGGCGGCUUGAGCCGACUUGGUCGGGAGUCGCACCCCACUGUGCGCCGAUCAAGCCUUGCUUCGAGCCAGGGGCCAAAGGGGGAUGCAUGGAGCGGCGUGCCGCGUCGAUCCGACGCCACGCGCAGCACAUCGAGUAGCUUCAUGGGCAAAGUUGCAGAGGAGGCCGAGGGCAAGGAGGACGAUGUGAGGGAGAGCCAGAGGGUGCCAGGGCUGGCGGGUGUGAAUGAGGAGGAUGAUGACGAUCGGAUUGAUGCGAGGAACGCAGCGAGCAGAUUGGCUACUAGCACGUUUUAA